ACCGACGGCUUGUGGUCAAGCCUCCAGAUUCAAGACCUUGUGGUAGUGCGGUAGGGAAUAUGUGGGGUAAUAUGGUUACCCGUUUCCGUUGCUGGGGGACGAACACCCGAAAGCCAGCGAUCACGAGGCUCCCGCCCACCAUUCAUCACCAUCCGAAGACCUCGGCCAUUUCCCACAACCGCCCAUGCCGAUCUGGUGAACUAAAUAGAACGACAAGUCUUCGGACUUGCCAUGCUUCAAUCAAAACGCAAUCCCAAAAGUAUCACAAUAUCUCGUUUUCAUCCCAUCGUCCGAACCUGACCAGAUCAUCCCUGCGAAACGGAAUACAACCGCGGAUUCGCCGAUAGCAACCGAUCUACGUGAAGUCAAAUCACCAUGGCCCCUACACUCCAAACUCCGCUAUGCAAGCUCCUGGGCAUCAAAUACCCCAUCAUCCUGGCCGGUAUGGCUAGGACCUCCGGCGGUCCCCUCGCUGCCGCCGUAUCCAACGCCGGCGGCCUGGGCGUCAUCGGCGGCUUGGGCUACACUCCGGACCAACUGCAGGAGAUCAUCGACGAGCUCAAGGCGAACCUGACCGACAAGUCGUUACCGUUUGGUGUCGACCUGGCCCUCCCGCAGGUGGGCGGCAGCGCGCGCAAGACGAACCACGACUACACCCACGGCCAGCUCGAUGACCUUAUCGAGGUCACGAUCAAGAACGGCGCCAAGCUGUUCGUCAGCGCUGUCGGCGUCCCCCCGAAGCGCGUCAUCGAUCGGCUCCACGAGGCCGGAAUCCUAGUCAUGAACAUGGUCGGCCACCCCAAGCACGCCGUCAAGGCGCUGGAUGCCGGUGUCGACGUCGUCUGUGCGCAGGGCGGCGAGGGCGGCGGACAUACUGGCGACAUCGCGAACAGCAUCCUCAUCCCCGCGGUCGUUGACAUCGCGAAGACGUACACGAGCCCGCUGACCGGCAAGCCCGCUACGGUGGUUGCCGCGGGAGGGAUCCGCGAUGGACGGAGUCUGGCGAGCAGCUUGAUGCAGGGCGCCGAGGGGGUGUGGGUGGGAACGAGGUUCGUGGCCAGCAAGGAGGCCGGCUGCUCGCAGAUGCACAAGGAGAACGUGGUGUCGGCCGAUUUCGUCGACACCAUCCGGACGCUGGUCAUCAGCGGGCGACCGCUGCGGGUGCGAGCGAACGACUAUAUCAAGGAGUGGGAGGCCCAGCCGGAGGAGAUCAAGCGGCUGUGCGAUUCAGGAGUGACGCCGCUCGAGCAUGAUAUGGAGAAAGGCAAAGAGGUCGAUCCGCCGUUCCUAAUGGGACAAGUCGCCGGUAUCAUCGGAGACAUCAAGCCCGCGGGACAGAUUGUCGACGAGAUGGUCCGGGAGGCGGUCGACCAGAUCAAUCUCGCCCAAUCGUUCUUGGGUAACAGCAGCAGGCUAUAGG